AUGGACCCCUACUCUGCCGAAGGCGAAUUGAUCAAUAUCCACAACCACUUUCACCAGGGACAGUACCAGGAGGUCAUCGACUAUGACACCUCUGCCCUGUCCCCCGAGAACGAGCUUCCCGCCCGCGUCCUGGUCCUCCGCGCCCGCAUCGCCCUCGGCCAAGCUGAGGAUGUCCUCGCCGACGUCCAGGGAGAGAAAGGGCCUGAGUUUGUAGCCCUCGGUGCCCUCGCUGAGAGCGCGCUCGGCAAGACGGAUUCCGCCGUGAAGACGAUCGAGAAGCUCGCCGCUUCCGAGGGAGAGAAUGCCACAGUCCAAAUUGUUGGAGGCACAGUUCUGCAGGCUGCGGGCAAGUCAGAGGAAGCGCUUGCGCUGCUGUCGCAGCACCAGGGAAGCCUUGAUGCUGUCGCCCUGAUCGUUCAGAUUCACCUCCAACAGAACCGCAACGACCUCGCCCUCAAGGAGGUUACCGCCGCCAGAAGAUGGGCACAGGACAGCUUGCUGGUUAACUUGGCCGAGUCGUGGGUUGGUUUGCGACAGGGCGGAGACAAGUACCAACAGGCUUUCUACGUGUUUGAGGAGCUCGCGCAGGCGCCAGCGACAUCCUCAAUUGCGACUCUCGUUUCGCAGGCCGUUGCAGAGCUGCACCUCGGCCGGACAGAGGAGGCACAGGCUGCAUUGGACCAGGCCCUUGCGAAGGAUGCCAACUACGCCCAGGCCAUCGCUAAUCUGCUAGUGUUGACGGUUAUCUCGGGCAAGGAUCCCAAGGAGUUCACAGAAAAACUGAAGGCGGCGGACCCCCAACACCAAUUCCUUGUGGACCUGGAGGAGAAGAGCGCGCUUUUCGACAAGGCGGCGACCAAGUACAGCGCCAAGGUGUCGGCAUAG